AUGGAUAUUGAGCCAGCAUUUCGUACCAAGCGUAAAAUCAAAAGGAAAAGGCAAUCUGAUGAGACACCUGAUGAUGCAUCUAUUGCUUCCCAGUCUGAAGAGGAAUCAUUUAGGCUCAAGUAUUUUUUGCCUGUUGUUGAUCAAGCAAUUGCUUCACUAACUAGGAGGUUUGAGCAAUACCGGGGGUAUGAAAAGACUUUUGAUUUUUUGUUCACUUCACAUAAAUUAUGCUCCUUAGAUGAUAAGAGUUUGUUAUCUUCUUGUGCUCAUCUUGAGGAAGCACUUAAGAGUGGUGAACAUUCUGAUAUUGAUGGCAAAGAAUUACUUGUGGAGUUAAAGUUCCUCCAAGAUUUCAUCCCUAAGGAAGAUAUGGGCCCUCUUGAUAUUAUGAAGUUUGUGAAACGGAUGGGCUGUUUCCCAAAUACCCUUAUUGCAUAUAGAAUUUUGUUGACUAUUCCUGUAACAGUUGCAUUUGCGGAGCGGAGCUUUUCAAAAUUGAAGUUAUUAAAGUCCUACAUGCGUAGUACAAUGACACAAGAAAGACUCAAUGGGCUGGCAACAAUUGCACUUGAAAUUGAUGUUUUGGAGAAGAUUAAAUAUGAAGAUAUAAUUGAAGAUUUCAUUUCAAAGAACACCAGACGAAUGAUGCUUUUUACUAGAGGUUAA